AUGUCCGGGCCUGGUGUUGGUUUCGAGUAUCCGCCGCAGGAGGUCAGUUGGACCAAGCGGGACGCCCUCCUUUUCGCCAACACGAUUGGCGCCACCGCUGACGAGCUUCACUUUCUCUAUGAACUCGACCCCAACUUCUCCGUCUUUCCCACCUACCCCAUCAUCCUCACCUUCAAAGGCACCACCCAAGACGUAAUCGACUUCUACUCUGCGCAAAAAGCAGUCCCCAUCCCCGGCGUGCCGGCCUUCGACCCGACCCGCGUCGUCGACGGCCAACGGCUCCUCCAAUCCUUCCAGCCGCUCCCCGCCUCCUCGGCCGGCAAGCGCUUCGAGAUCCGCACCAAGGUGCUCGGCGUGUACGACAAGGGCCGGCCGGGCACGGUCGUCGACACGCAGACCGACCUGGUCGACGCGGCGACGGCCACCGUCUACACGCGCGUCAUCUCCUCCUCCUUCUACGUCGCCCAGGGCAACUGGGGCGGGCCCAAGGGCCCCGCCACCGUCAGUUUCCCGGCGCCCAAGGAUCGUGCGCCGGAUGUGGUCUUUGAAAAGCAGACGACGCCUGAGACGGCGUUGUUGUAUCGGUUGAAUGGCGAUUAUAACCCGCUGCAUGCGCACCCGGAGCCGGGGAAGAAGAUGGGGUUUGGGGGGGUCAUUAUUCAUGGCUUGUACUCGUGGAACUGGGCGGCGCAUGGUUUGUUGCAGCACCUGGGGGGGAGUGAUCCGGCGAAUAUGAAGGAGUACCAGGCGCGCUUUGCGAGCCCCGUGAGGCCGGGUGAUAAGUUGGUGGCGUCGGCGUGGAAGACGGGGGAGAAGAAGGGUGAGUGGGAGGAGGUAAGGUUUGAGGUCAAGGUGGAGGGUGGGAAGGUGUGCUUGAGCAAUGGUCGGGCCCUGAUGAAGUGCGUUGCGCCCGCGAAGGGGAAGCUGUAA